AUGACCGUCCAUACUCCACAAAAUGAGCUCGCAAAGCGCCUUCGAAACCUCCAUGUCCCGGGAGACCCAAUUGUUUUCACAAACGUCUACGAUGCGGCGACAGCUUCAUUCAUAGCGAAUCACCCAACAACGAAAGCCAUUGCAACUGCUAGCUUCGCCAUAGCUGCCUCUCAAGGCAUCCCCGACAACGAAAUGACCUUAGCACAAAACAUCGCAACUGUGCGAUCAAUUGCGAGUGCUCUCACUGUGGACGGCCUGCCUAAGCUUCCAUUAUCUGUGGAUGUACAAGACGGCUAUGAGAAUGUCGCCGAAACCAUCAAGGAAAUUAUAAGCCUCGGGGCGGUAGGAUGCAACAUCGAAGACUUCAAUAACCGCACGGAGCAGAUGAGAACCCUUCCAGAAGCUGUGAACCGGAUAGGACUGGCGAUUCAGACAGCUCGAGAGUUGGGCGUCCCCGACUUUGUGAUCAAUGCUCGGACAGAUAUCUUAGGUCACGGGGGAUCAGUCGACGAUGCAAUUGAGAGGGGCAAGGCGUUCCUAGCAGCUGGAGCCUGUACAGUUUUUGUAUGGGGCCCAGGCGGGAGAGGUGUAAGGACCGAGGAGGUUGAAAAGCUGGUUGCCGCGCUUGAUGGGAGGCUCAACGUCAAGCUUGUCAUCAAGGACGGCUACCUCACUAUCCCAGAGCUGAAAUCGGCCGGAGUCUCGAGGAUCAGUAUGGGCCCGGAGUUGUACAGGGCAGCAAUGCGGGCGUUUGAAGAGACGGCCAAUAACUUGCUAGAGUCCUGGAAAUGA